CAAGGCAGCGACAGUUCGUCGGUUGACUUCAGUCUGGAAUGUUUGCUGAUGAAGCGAAUUUGUUAUUGAAUUUCAUUGCUAACUAAUUUGAUAAAAGUGAUAUAAGCUUACGGUUGAAAUCGCGCGAUUAAAAUAUUUAAAAAUCUUGUUGUAAUAGCUCCGCAGCCAAGCAUCAAAAUGAGACUUAGUCCGAUUGAUCCGAGCUCCUACUCGAAUGCACAUGAGCUCAUCAUUACUCACAUCGACCUUGAAUGGACGGUGAACUUUGAGAAGUCUACAUUGUCUGGUAGCGCUUCAUUGUCGUUUAAAACCUUAAGAGAUGAUGUUGAGGAAAUAUUUUUGGAUAGCAGCGACCUUGAUAUUGCAUCCAUGGCAGUUAAAACUGCAGCAGGAGAGAUACCGGUCAGCUGGGAUGUGGGAAAACCUGUUGAGAACAUCGGUUCCAAGUUGACGGUUUACUUGCCGACGAAAACAUCCGGUGAAUUCAAAUUGAUUGUCGAGUACGAAACCAACCCGAAGGCCAGUGCUCUCCAAUGGUUAAACGCUGAACAGACGUGCGGUAAGAAGCACCCGUAUCUGUUCAGUCAGUGUCAGGCAAUCCAUGCGCGGUCUCUUGUUCCUUGCCAGGACACACCGGCCGUGAAAUUCACCUACAAUGCAACGCUUCGGCAUCCGAUUGGUGUAACUGGUUUGAUGAGUGCCGUUAAACUGAAAUCAGAAAGCGGAGUGUCGUACUUCAAGCAAAGCAUUCCCAUUCCAAGUUAUCUUUUGGCAAUCGUAGUGGGAGCCCUGGUGGAAAAACCCAUUGGUCCCAUGUAAGUAUUGGGCAAGAAUGGUUACAUACUUGGGGUCUAUCCCGUUUGGAAUAAUGCCAUAUAGAGCUACUCCAAACGACAUAAAGACCAUUUGACAUAACACGAAAAACAGCCUAUUUAAAAAAGGAUAUGCUCCUUCCCGGUAGAAUUCCAGUUAUGCCCAAUGACCAGGGAUUGAAUCCUGAGAAAAUUGAGAGAAUCUC